AUGUCCGCGUCCACCUCCCAUACUACCGGUGCUACCAGCUUGGACGCCGGAAUGAUGGGAGUAGGAUCGAUGGACCGGUCAUCAGUGUCGUAUAGUCGCGCUCCUCGUCCCCUGCCGGAGAUGGAACAACCUCUCAACCUCUCACUACUCCAGCCUCAACAACCUCACGAUGCUGACAAGGCAGAGAAGAGUCUCUCCACAUCAGAACACCUCAAGAAACACCCGCAGAGAUCCACAGGGAAGAAACCUCGCUGCUGCUCUGACGGAGGGAAGAGAUUCACCUCCUCAGCAGGCAUUAAAAUUCAUCAGAGAAUCCACACAGUGGAGAAACCUUAUAGCUGUACUCAAUGUGGGAAGAGUUUUACUCAUUCAACCAGCCUGAUAUCACACCAGAGAACACACACAGGAGAGAAAUCUUAUAUCUGUAGCUGUGGUAUAUGUGGGAAGAGUUUUACUCGGGUAAGCACCCUGAUAUCACACCAGAGAACACACACAGGAGAGAAACCGUAUAGCUGUGAUGAAUGUGGGAAGAGUUUUGAUACAUCUAGCCAUCUUAUUAUACACCAGAGAACACACACAGGAGAGAAAUCUUUUAGCUGUACUCAAUGUGGUAAGAGUUUUACUCAACUAAGCAGCCUGAUAUCACACCAGAGAACACACUCAGGAGAGAAACCGUAUAGCUGUAAUGAAUGUGGGAAGACUUUUACUCACCUAAGCAGCCUGGUAUCACACCAGAUAACACAGACAAGAGAUAAACCAUAUAGCUGUCAUGAAUGUGGGAAGAGUUUUAUUAGCCUAAGCAGCCUGAUGUCACACCAGAGAACACACACAGGAGAGAAAUCUUAUAUCUGUGGUCAAUGUGGGAAGAGUUUUGUUCAGUCUGGCAGUCUAAAAGUACACCAGAGAACACACACAGGAGAGAAAUCUUAUAUCUGUGGUCAAUGUGGGAAGAGUUUUUCCUCAUCUAGCAGCCUGACUCAACACCAGAGAACACACACAGGUGAGAAAUCUUAUAUCUGUGGUCAAUGUGGGAAGAGUUUUAAUACAUCCAGCAUUCUGACUCGACACCAGAGAACACACACAGGAGAGAAACCUUAUACCUGUGAUCAAUGUGGGAAG